UCAAAUAUAACUAGUAUUAAUGUUACAACAAGUGAUCAAAUCAAUGAUGAAACAAAAGAUAUAUCAGUUGAAAAUAUUAGUCAAAAUUUUGAUGAAGUUAUUGUUCGUGAUAGUGGUCAAUUUGAAGAUACAAAUACACAUACACAUGAAUCUGUUGAUGAUAUGCUAUGUUAUUAUACAAAAUUAGAUGCAGUAAUGGAUGAUUACUGUAAACAUUUUAGUGUAAUUAAUAUAAAUAGUGUUCCUCGUUCAUUUGUUGCUAUACGUAAUAAUUUAUCAAAUGUAUCAGUUGACGAUGAUUGUUAUAAUUGUAAAAAUAUAAUGAAUAAUCGUGAUCAAUGUCAAACCAAUGGAUGUGAACAAAAUGAUUAUAAUGUUACUCCACCGCAUAUAUUUUAUAAACUAUCAAUUAUAUCACAAUUAAAAAAUUUAUUCGUAAUACCAAAUUUAUAUAACAAAAUGUGUGAUGGUAGAAAGCAAGUUAAAAAAAGAAGCAAAAUGAUUAAUGAUAUAUAUGAACAAGAAAAUGAUGAUUGUUUUACUUUUACAAUGAAUACAGAUGGAAUACAGUAUGUUGUGGUUGAUGCUAAUACAUCAGUUAUUGAUGAUAGUAAUAUAUGUGUCGUUAUCGGUGAUGAAUCAUAUUUAAUGGAAAAUUUAUUAGUUGCUGGCAUUUGGCCAGGUCCACAUACACCAGAUCAAAAAAUAUUUCAAUCAAUAUUAGCAUCCAUUGUGGAUGAAUUAAAUGAAUUAGAAACUGGUCAAGAAUUUUCUAUUGAUGAUUUAAAAUCAACAAAAAAACAGAAUGUUUUUUAA